AGCAGGACGCGCCGGGGCCGCCUCCUCCCGCACGGACCCAUGAACCAGCCGGGCGGCGCGGCGGCUCCGCAGGCUGACGGAGCCAGUGCAGCUGGAAGGAAAAGCACGGCAAGCAGGGAGCGCUUGAAGCGCAGCCAGAAGAGCACCAAGGUGGAGGGGCCAGAGCCUGUGCCGGCCGAGGCCUCGCUGAGCGCCGAGCAGGGAACGAUGACAGAGGUGAAGGUCAAGACGGAGCUGCCCGAUGAUUACAUCCAGGAGGUGAUCUGGCAGGGCGAGGCCAAGGAGGAGAAGAAGGGGGUGAGCAAGGAUGGGACCGGCGACGUGCCUGCCGAGAUCUGCGUGGUGAUUGGCGGUGUCCGCAACCAGCAGACCCUGGGGUCCUACGAGUGUGGAAUCUGUGGCAAGAAGUACAAAUAUUACAACUGUUUCCAGACCCACGUACGGGCACACCGAGACACAGAAGCCACCUCAGGGGAGGGAGCCUCCCAAGGCAACAACUUCAGGUACACGUGUGACAUCUGUGGGAAGAAGUACAAAUACUACAGCUGUUUCCAGGAGCACCGAGACCUGCACGCAGUGGAUGUGUUUAGUGUGGAAGGGGCCCCUGAGAAUCGGGCAGACCCCUUCGACCAAGGUGUCGUGGCCACUGACGAGGUGAAGGAGGAGCCCCCGGAACCAUUCCAGAAAAUCGGGCCAAUGAACAAUAUUACAUCAGAAAUUUUUAAGAAGAAAGAAGUUAGGCAGUGCCAAAAGAGAGAAACCGGCAAUUAUACCUGUGAAUUCUGCGGAAAGCAGUACAAGUACUACACGCCCUACCAGGAGCACGUGGCCUUACACGCCCCCAUCAGUACUGCCCCCGGGUGGGAGCCACCGGACGAUCCAGACACGGGCUCUGAGUGUUCGCAUCCAGAGGUCUCCCCGUCUCCACGCUUCGUGGCAGCGAAGACCCAGACGAACCAGUCGGGGAAAAAGGCUCCGGCCUCCGUGGUCCGAUGCGCUACCCUCUUACACCGCACCCCUCCAGCCACCCAAACCCCGACGUUCCGCACUCCAAAUUCAGGAUCUCCGGCAAGCAAGGCAACUGCAGCAGAAAGCGCUUUCAGUCGGAGGGUAGAAGGCAAAGCACAAAACCACUUUGAAGAGACGAAUAGCAGUUCCCAAAACUCCAGCGAAACUGCAAGUCCCCUGAUUUCCAAUCCUUUCCCUCUCCUACAGAAGCCCUACACGUGCGGCGCCUGUGGAAUCCAGUUCCAGUUCUACAACAACCUGCUGGAGCACAUGCAGUCCCACGCGGCGGACAACGAGAACAACAUCGCCUCCAACCAGUCCCGAUCACCCCCUGCUGUCGUGGAGGAGAAGUGGAAGCCCCAGGCCCAGAGGAACAGUGCCAACAACACCACGACCAGUGGUUUAACACCUAACAGCAUGAUCCCCGAGAAGGAGCGGCAGAACAUCGCAGAGCGGCUGCUGCGGGUCAUGUGUGCUGACUUGGGCGCGCUGAGCGUGGUGAGCGGGAAGGAGUUCCUGAAGCUGGCCCAGACGCUGGUGGACAGCGGCGCCCGCUACGGGGCCUUCUCAGUCACCGAGAUCCUGGGCAACUUCAACACGCUGGCGCUGAAGCACCUGCCGCGCAUGUACAACCAGGUGAAGGUGAAGGUGACGUGCGCCUUGGGCAGCAACGCCUGCCUGGGCAUCGGCGUCACCUGCCACUCACAGAGCGUCGGCCCCGACUCCUGCUACAUCCUCACGGCCUACCAGGCAGAGGGCAACCACAUCAAGAGCUAUGUGCUGGGCGUGAAGGGCGCGGACAUUCGCGACAGUGGCGACCUGGUGCACCACUGGGUGCAGAAUGUGCUGUCGGAGUUCGUGAUGUCGGAGAUCAGGACAGUGUACGUGACAGACUGCCGGGUGAGCGCAUCCGCCUUCUCCAAGGCCGGCAUGUGCCUUCGCUGCUCAGCCUGUGCCUUGAACUCGGUGGUGCAGAGCGUGCUGAGCAAGCGGACGCUGCAGGCCCGCAGCAUGCAUGAGGUCAUCGAGCUGCUCAACGUGUGCGAGGACCUGGCGGGCUCUACCGGCCUCGCCAAGGAGACCUUCGGCUCCCUGGAGGAGACCUCGCCACCGCCCUGCUGGAACUCGGUCACGGACUCGCUGCUGCUGGUGCACGAGCGCUACGAGCAGAUCUGCGAGUUCUACAGCCGGGCCAAGAAGAUGAACCUCAUCCAGAGCCUCAACAAGCACCUGCUCAGCAACCUGGCCGCCAUCCUGACGCCGGUGAAGCAGGCGGUCAUCGAGCUGAGCAACGAGAGCCAGCCCACCCUGCAGCUGGUGCUGCCCACCUACGUCAGGCUGGAGAAGCUGUUCACGGCCAAGGCCAACGACGCGGGCACCGUCAGCAAGCUCUGCCACCUCUUCCUGGAGGCGCUCAAGGAGAACUUCAAGGUGCACCCGGCACACAAGGUGGCCAUGAUCCUGGACCCACAGCAGAAGCUGCGGCCCGUCCCGCCCUACCAGCACGAGGAGAUCAUCGGCAAGGUGUGCGAGCUCAUCAACGAGGUCAAGGAGUCCUGGACCGAGGAGGCUGACUUCGAGCCCGCCGCCAAGAAGCCCCGCUCCGCCCCCGGCGAGAACCCCGCCGCCCAGGAGGACGACCGACUCGGGAAGAACGAAGUGUACGAUUACCUGCAGGAGCCCCUCUUCCAGGCCACCCCGGAUCUCUUCCAGUACUGGUCGUGCGUGACCCAAAAGCACACAAAACUCGCCAAGCUCGCCUUCUGGCUCCUUGCGGUGCCGGCCGUGGGGGCCAGGAGCGGGUGUGUAAAUAUGUGUGAACAAGCACUUCUCAUCAAAAGGAGGCGACUGCUCAGUCCAGAAGAUAUGAACAAACUCAUGUUUCUGAAAUCUAACAUGCUUUAAGACUUCCGGAUGAAAAGAAAGAACAAAGAAAAAAGAAGAGAACGUUAGGAAAAAAAAAAAAAACCACACAACACUGUCGCAAACAAAGAAAAAGGAAUUUAAGUUCUAAACACUGUGGACCUCAUUAUAAAUGCCCCCUGGAAACUUAAGUGCUUUUUUCAGUGUGUGUGUGCAUGUGUGUACACAAUCACGCAGGCACACUUUGGGCGUGGGCGGCUCUGUGCUCAUCUGCGUGUGGCCGCAGAAGUGUCGCACACGCGUGCACACACAUACUCCCCUGGUGCAUGUAUGCACGCCCGCUCGUGGGCGCGUGUGCAUUAAACUGGGCGUGUCAGGAAAGCUGAGUGUUUGGGAAAGAGGGAAGAUGUUUCACCUCCUUUUCUCAGUAAGGGGGCUUUAAAAGACUCCAUUUUCAGGUGCGCAGAUUGGUAGAAAACUGAUGUAAAAUGUUCAGGCAGCUGAGAUCUGAAGUGACUUGACGCUCUCUGUCCUUCACUCUGUGGUCCCCCUUGCCUUCCAUCCCCCUCCCCAAGCCUUCCUGACCCUAUUGCACCCCACCCCUCCCCGGCUGCUCUGCCAUGGAUUCUCCAAACUGCAUCAGAUGGACAGCUUCUGCACUGGACUUUGUUCUUGUUCACCUUCAGGGCAUUGAGCUGCUGCCUUUGUGAUACCCUUGGGUGUCAUGGGGCAGCCGCCUUAGAAACACACCUAUCUAUCUCCCCAGAUCAGGAAAGGAGACUUUAAGAAUAUAAAGCUGACCUUUUGCUUUUUAAUAUAAGAUAGAAAAAAAAGACAUUUUUUCAAAGAAGUAUAGAUACUGUCUCCACUCCUUAAUAAUUUUUUUCCUAACAUUUUAGCAGUUUUUACUUUUUUUUUUUCAAAUUUGAUUUAGGCUCUGCUAGGAGGCACUGAAUGUCUGUAACUUAUAUUUUGGAGGGUUUUUUUGUUUGUUUUUUGAUUGCCCAUUUUGUUCCUCAAGUCACUGUAAACUAGCUCAUCUCAGUGGUAUAUAUUCAAUAUCCGAAGGUUUUUAUUAGACUUCCCUGUACAGUCCAGUUUUCCUGUAUUCGAACAGCCAAGACCAUGAACUUGGCUGUGCUGUUUGGAGACCAGGAGUGAGGUUGGAGUCACAGGUUUCACAGAUGUGGGGUUCGGUGGAAGCCAUAGGGAAGCAUGUGGCUUAGGAGCUCUCCUGAAUGUAAGCAGAAGACCGCCCUCCUGGCUCGCUGUGUCUGGUACUGCGAAUGUCUGAUUUCUAUACCCAGAGUGCAUUACACUACUCGCCACGUCACUGACCCUUGCAGCUCAGCAGGGACUCCUGAGUUGAUCCAUGUUCACGUCCAUCACACCUCAGACCCACGGCCUCCUCUCCCCAGGACCCCGGGGAUUCCGGCGGGUCCGCUGCCCACAGCCCUGGGGGGGGUCCCCACGCGAGCCUCUGCCCUCCUUCUAGGACAGUAGUUGAGCACGGUGCCUUGUGGGCCAAAUGAUGGAUGUUUCGAGGGUGAAAUGGCAUUAGGCCACAUUCAACUUGAUGCUGUGAAAGAUGUUUUUAGGCUUUGUUUCUCUGUGAGCAGUUUAGGUUCCACACACAGCCUAAAUGCCAACAGGGUGACCCUUUCCCCUGUGAAGAGGUGGUUCCGUCAGGAUCAGUGCUCAGCCUCCCACCCCACCUCUCAGUGAAUGAAGUGCUGGUGGUCCCAUAUCCCCCCAGUGCCCACGGCUGUGGGAUGGAGAUAGUUACACCAAGGCUGAGGAUGCCUACCAUCGUGGGGGGCCAUUUGCUAAGGCACAUUCUACCAUCUUGGGGGUUGACCAAGUCCACUCCAUCCCUUCCUAGUAACAAAACAUUGUUCAACUGUGAGAUACCUCGACUACAGAAAGCACUGUACAACGGCCCUCUCCCCCCGGUCCGUGGCAGUCAAGUUGGGGAAGUAAAGUUGAUUUGAAAACUCAAGGCUUAGGAUCAUGGACCAGAACGCUGUCCCAAGUGUCAAGCCUGCUCACUUUGCCUCGUGAACUAACCCUCCCGAGUCUUGGACACACUGAAAGGCAUCAAAGUGGGCCGUUUCCCCAUUCGCUCCAGCAAACCAUGGUCUCAGGAACCACCAUGCCAUUUCCUCUCCUGGAGAAGUUCUGGGUAUUAACUCUACAGCACUUCCCAUUGGGGUCACACCGUCAGAAGAGCCUCCAUCUGCACUGGACAGUCACGUCGCUUCCUAGAGUAUAUGGGAGCAUCGGCAGACUUUUCAAUGAGACGUGUGGGGACAUUCCAGAAGGUGGCUGCAGGGUUGCUGGUGGGUGACAGAUGCCUCCAGCAAAAGGCCUCCAGCUUUGCUUUGCUGCUGGGGAAGGGUCCAUGACCUGGCACUCUGAGCCACGUGAGGAGGAUGGGAGCUACCCGUUUGGUGUGGUUAGUGGGAGCUAAGCCUUGGAGCCCAUCCUUCCCCUUCUUAGAGCGGAGCUGUGUGGGUGUUGCCUUAUUAUGGGGCCGCUCAGUUAGCAAAUAGGCAUUUCACUUUGUUGCGAAGCCAUCAGGACCAAGCCCUGGUGUCAGCGUUCUUCUCUUCAGCAAAGUUGAAGUCGUAACUGAAUUCCAGUUAUCUAGUCAUAUGUGUUAACUCCUGUCCUGUUCCUCCUUUGCACCUCAGUUCAAUCCUUAGGGCUUGGCCUGCUCUGCAGAUGUGACGUGAGUGCCACUAGGUCUCGGAAAGCUGUCUCCUGGGGCUGCCUCAUCCAGAUACGGGAGCAAGGUGGCAGGUAGUCAUUUCUCUCUUGCAGCCUCUGGUUCUUCAGAAACUCGUUGCCAACAGGAAAGGCUGUACCAAGGUGGCCCCUCCAUCUGCUUUCUCAUGCAGACAGCUCCCAGAGUGCAGAGCCCGUUGCAGUGAACAGCUUAAUAAAACCCAAAGAUCUCACAGGCCCAGCCGCUGGCCCCACAUCUCCAGCAAUAUCCACCCUAUCCAAAUUCUAGCUCAGCCAAAGGAUUGAGGUCGGCUCUUCCAGUUCAUCUCCCGGCCCCUAGCCUGGCAUUGACCUUCGGAGAGUUUUUGUCUUCUGCCUCCCAGUUCUGUGACCACUAUAGGACUUUACAGCUCAAGGCGGUUGCCUGCUGACCUGGACACAACUUGACUGAACCAUGUGAUUCCCAGGAUAGAAAUGGCCUUUGCGUUGACAUACACGGACCCCAGAGGGGAGGUGGAGAAAACACACCUCCACUCUGCAGGGUUUUCCCCCUCAUCUGAGGUCAGUUGGCUUCACCACCAAAGCCCAAGCCAAGGACCAUAGCCUCGUGGGUGGUCCCUCAGAUUUGAAGUAACUGGGGGGUCUCGGCUCCACCAAGAGCAGCGGUGCCAUCCCAGUCGUUGUGAGUGGAUGCCCUUGUGCCGACAUGGUUUUUUCCCUGUGCCCAGGUCCACCAGCCAGGCCUCCCUCCAGAUGGUAGUUAGAAGCCAGGAAACAAAACAGAGGGGCCACUGGGCAACGCUCCUUUCUGGCCACACUUCAUCUUGGGGUUCACGGCAUAGAAAGCCACCUACUGUGUCCGCGAGCAAGGACGCUUUGCCACCAACCUGCCUGACAGCCUCAUGCUUGGCGUUCGGGGUUUGGCUCUUGACUGGGAAAAGGGUGCUGAGGUUUCCUGAUGAGGAGAGGACAGUCCGAUGACACAGUUGAGAAGUUCUGCGUCUCCAGAUUUCUGGGAAGGACUUUUUGACACCAGCUCUGUAGGCUGGCAAGCGUCUUCUCCUUCAGUUUGCUCCUUUCUCUCCUGCACUUUUGAGAAACACCAGAGAAAAACUCUGCAAGGCGUGUUUUCCACUGUGAAGCAGACCCUCUGCCUUUAGGGGUCCUCUAGGCUUGCGCCUGGACUUGGACUAGACUCCUUGGAAAGUGGGCAUCUGAAGAGCUGUCAGGGAUGCAGCAUGCAUUUUUGGGGGCCACAGGUUCACAAGAAAAGUUUGGAAUGAACCUGGGAUGUGGAUGGAGAAGGAGGUCCUGUGAGACAUGGCCCAGAAGGGGACAGUACCUGGAUGUCGCCAUGACGAUGGAUGUGCUUGCAGAGACGGGAAGGGGAGGCACCCAAAGCACGGCCGGCAGUCCCCUCCUGCCCACUGAGCCGGGCGAGUUCAUAGCUCUGCCCCUUGCCUUGGGCACAGUGACAGCGCCUCUGUCCCUGGGACGUACCUGAGGGAGGGCUUCUAGAAAGGCUGCUGGUUUAGAUGAAACCCAGAGGCUAAGUAAGGCUCAGGCUGGCCCCUGGAGACAGUGGGCGGAGGGCUCCUGUCUCGGCCCCCGCUGUAUCCAGCCGGGCCAGUGGGAGAACUGGGAAGGGCCCUGCCCUCUCUUCACUGUGGCUAAUGUUUGCUAGGCCAGUUAUGGUGAACCAAUGAUACAGUGUUUUCCCUUUUCUGUUUCCCACCCGGUUUCCCCUUUUCAGGGUUUUCUGGAGGAUUUUGUUGUUGUGUUUCUUCCUCUCUCCUUUGCGUUUGAGGAUCGUGGUCAGCGGAGCCCCGCCGUUCCCUGGAGGGGCGCUGUAGUUUCUGUGCGAAGAGGCACCUGCUCCUGCUUUGAUGAGGGUAAAGGGCAUCGGGUUGCUGUUUGUUGUAUUCAUGCCCCUCCACCACCACGGGCGUUGCUUUAAAGGUUCAACUGCUGUACAGAGAAGGAUUUGCUAAGUUUGCAGCUGGGUGUCAGCAUCAGGACCCAUAGGGGCCCUCCCCACCCAUGCGUCCCACUGGGCACCUUGACUCUUCGAACCAAAGUUCCUUAAGGGGGCACAGCCCAGCCUGGUCCGCAACCUCAGGGGCCUGGGAUCCCUGUGGCGCUUCCUGAAGUCCAGCUUGGCAAGAGACCAUGGGGUCUGAGGCCAGCCGGAAAGGGGGGCUCCUCCCACAACCCAGGUGCCAGCCGGUCCCUGCCUGGGACCCUUCCCUCCCACCCAGCCAGGGUGGCCGGGUUCCAAAGCGGUGAGCGAGCUCGUGGACUGGCACGGGGCUGGAGACAGAGGGACCCGCGGAGCUGGAGGCUCCCAGACCCGCCGGGCAGUGCAUCCAGGGCCAUUCAGAUGCCGAGCAUCAGGAAAUCAUUUUGUACAACCACCUGAAGCAGAGAUAUUUUUUAAAAAGCAUAAAUUAUUUUCAGUUGUUUUCUGAUGAUCCUCCCUUUUUCUUUUCCCCGUAACUUUGCGUGGGUGAUUCUUUCACAUCAGGUAAAUCUUGAGAAAGCCUUGGUGCCCCUCCCUCCCAGGCCCCACUCAGUACCCAUGCGUGUGCACCCUCAUCCUUUCUCAGUAGUUAAGACGUUCUAGGCAAUACCGUAGGCACAGCUGACUGUGUCUCUGUCUUCGAGUGCAAGAAACUCAAGUCAUCUUAAAAAAAUACAAAAAAAAAAAAUUUACAAAAAAAACAAACACAAAAAAAUAUCUUUUUUAGGCCAGAGUUUUUCUACAGGUAUUAAUGAAUAUUUUUCUUAAUCCUUAUAAGUUUUAUGUGUUUAAUAUUUCUUAAUACCGGUAGCAUUAAUUUAUACUUUUGUAGCAACACAAUAUUUUUAUAAACAGCCAGUGCUUUGGCUCAAGUCUCCACAAGGGGUUUAUGCAGGGUUAUCUUGGGACCCUGUGUACCAUGUACUGUAUUUAAAAAAAAAGUUACCUAGUGUCACCCUUGCUGUGUUAAUUAACAAAAGACGUUGUUUGCGGUCUCCUGUGUCGUUGGUGUGGACCCAACAGUUCUCCAAGGAGUCACAUUGCAUGGGGGUUGAGUUGACAGUUCUUGUGAUAUGUAAACCCCCGAGACCAAACUUGAGGGUUUAUUUAGGCUUUUUCUGUUUGUCCUUUGGAUUUUUGGUUUCAUUUUGUUUUGGUACCGUUUCUCCAUUUACGGCCAAAUCAGUUUUCUGGUGUUUAAAACUUUUACUGAUGUCAAAUGGAGGAAAGGAACAGGAAAAAAAAAAAAAAAAAAAAGAUUUUUACAAAGUAAUAAAAUUUAAAACUGAGCUGUUUAAAUGUUGCUGUUUUUACCUGUCUGUUCUUGUCCAAAAGUGGGACAUUCCCAGGGAGAAGAGGAAGGUUCUACUUGGUUCCUUAAAUCGCCAAAAGCCCCCGCCCAGAAAUCAGCACCCCCUACCCCCCGAAUUCUUGCAACAUUAUUUCCUGGUUGGUUGAUGCCAAGGUAAAAAGACAUCCUUUUAAUGGUUAGAGAGGAUCAGUUGCUUAAAUGAUUUCAUGUCAG